UGGGCGGGGUUUCAAGUGGGAGUACUCCCUGUAGGCAGGGACAGCUUCAAGGCCUCCUCGUUUUUCUCCUCCGUCGGUUCUGUCGAGGAAGACUCCCAUUUCUUCUCCAGUCUCCGGGACUACAAAGAGCCAUGGCUUUAGGCCCAUGUAGUGUGUUUUUGUUGGUUUUCAGCGUGUUUUUAGCUAGUCAUCUUUCAGCUGGGGACGAUUGUCUGGGUUACACGGACACCCAUAAUAAAUACCAACAUCCCCAAGACUGCUAUGGCACCUUUUGCUGUGGAAACUGUGAAUACAGAUACUGCUGUCUAAACCUUCGAAAGAAGUUCUCUGAAGAUGAUCAGAACGACUGUUACCUUUCUCCACCUGACUUUCCUAUCCCCGCUAUGGUCGCUGGCAUUGUGGGCCUCAUCGCAUUCAUACUCAUUUUCGUCUGCUGCUGUGUGUGCCCGUGCUGCUGCCUGUACAAAAUGUGCCGCAAGCCACAGCCGGUAAUCGCUACCACCCACCACACUGUCAUCACGAGUGCUCCUGGGCAGUACCCACAGCAACCCACUGCAGUGCCCGCGCAGUCCUACCAGGGGGUCCAGCCUUACCCCCCCUACCAGUCUAUGGCGGUGCAGCCGGGCUACGGAACUCACUCUAUGUCCCCGGCGGUUCAUCAGGGGCCGCAGUUCACCCCGGGACCGCUGCCAACCUACCAGGAAGCCACUGCCAACCCUGCAUACCCGCCCCAGCCAAUGCCCUACAGCCAGGCUGCAUUCUACCCUGGGCCUGGACAGCUGCCCUACCCUCUGCAGCCUCCAGUCUGUUCAAAUGCUACGGCUCCACCACCUGCCCACACUGAUUACCUAGCUCAGCCUGCAUACAACCCAGACUAUGCCACCCCACCUCCCAAAACUGGUUAGAGGACUUUUCUGUUCCAGACGAGAGGAGCUGUGCGUUCAGGAGGACAAGAUGUUCCCUCAUCUUUUGAUUUGUCCACUUUGAUGAUUAAACAUAGUCACAUAUUGAAAGUUAGUGCAUUUAUUUGUAACUAUUGCCAAGUGGAAAAUCUCCAGACCUUGCAUUGUAUGUGCCUUGCAUUGUGCAUACAGGAGAGACAGUCCUUUAACUGGUUUUUUUCUUACAUUUUUUUAUGCGCCAUCGUCUGUAUCCUCUUGGCAAAACACAUACAAAACAGCUGUGUUUGAUUUGAAAGUUAUUGCUGUUCUGUGCGUGAAGACGCCUUGCAAAUUUCUUUUGGUCCUGCUCUUCAGAGGUCCUUCAGAUUGACAUCUGCCCAUCACUGCAGACACCAAGGGCUUUGAAGGUUCAUUUUUGGGAUUCUUGCAGCAUCGCAAUGCUGUUUGAAAUUACCGAGCAAAGAUUUUUUUUCUAGCUGUUCCACAUAUGUAUUAUUUCUGAUUUUGCACAAGGUGGAAACCACUUUGUUAAAGUGAUCUAAAAGUGAGGGAUGUUUUUGAAGUUAGCGUCAUCGUCUGCUUACUGUUUAGUGUUCCAUUAGAAUUGAUGUUGAAUGUCCAGCAGAAAACUUUCAGCACUCCAGCAAAAGGGAAGAUUUUUAAUAGAGGUUGAUCAAUUUAAGCUUUAAAUGCAAAUGCAAGUAAAUUUAUCAUGUUAUUAUAUUACAUUUAGCCUUUACUUUUUUUAAAACUUUUUUUUUGUAUUGGGUUUUAUUUUGUUGCUGUCAUGUGUGUUAGUUUCUGCAGAAAUGCAUUGGAGGUUUUACUCGGAUUCGUCCGCUUCUCACUGAAUUUUUCUUCAAGCCCCAAAGAACUCAAGAGCUAAACAAACAGGUGAAAUCACAUGUGCCUUUCUAGAUCUUUUAAUUCAAAUCCAUAUGUCAUUAUAGAGCACUUUAAACCCUUUUUAAGUGUAUUCACCAGUCUAUGAAGUUUGUGCCUCAUUUAGGUCAUUUCUUACUUUUGUUUAGGCAUUUUCUGUGUUACAAAGUUAACUUCAAUACCAGUUUUUCUUAGCAACUUUUUUGUUUUUCUAUUUUUGUGCAAAAAAAGAAGAACAAAAACCCGCUAAAUGUUGGUUUGUGCUUUCAUAAGCUAGUGUGAAAAAGUGUCCUUUUUCCUUAAGAAGCAGCCUGUGAAUUGUUUUUGCAGUGCUGGGAUUGUUCCUUUACAUCAGUGUUGUUCCAUGACGUUGACUUGAGGAAAAAAAAACAUAUGCAUACCCGUCUCAAAUGUCACUGGAAAAGUAACUAAUUGCUGGGGUUUACUGUUGUUCCAAAAUGUAUGUUAAUAUCAUUUAUUUGCUUAUAUCCAUAAAAUAAAUGUUGUUGCUCUCCAA